AUGAGCCGAAAGAGAUGGACGUCGGUGAGGAGACCGGCGGAGGUCUGGCGUCAGCAGCAAGGCGAACUAGCAACGGACGAGGGAAACCGGAGUCGCAGGGGCUGCAGGGAUUGCGCGGAGGGGCGGCAGAGCAACGACGAAGGCGUAGCCACCGGUUCGGGAUUUGCUAGCAUCGGUCGUCAGGAUUGUACUAAAGGCGUCGGAUUCUGGCGAAGGGGGCUUGGAGCAGAAGCAACGGUGGUGGGCAAGCGGGUGAGGGUGCUUGCAGCUGCUGGCACGGUGGUCAGCGCGGAGGCGAGCUGUGGCGUCGUGGGUCAUUGUUGGGCGGAGCAGAGGCUGUGGCGGGUGGUGGGCUGGCGCAAGGGCGGAACGGCGGUGGAGGAGCAGCGGCGGCGGUGUCGACGCUCGGGGAGGAACCGAGGAAGAGACAUAGAAGAGAGACAGAGUCACAGAACCGAAGAAGUCAAAGACAAAGAAGUCAUGCUCGAAAUAAGAAACAAAAAAAAGUUGUUUCUUUUGAAAAGAAACACUUCUUCGACGGAACAAAAGAACAAAAACCAAAGAAACAAAAGAACAAAAUCGGAACAAAGGCGACGAACUCUUCUCCUUCGUGCGUGCUCGUCGCUCCUCUCGUCGGCUGAAGCUUCGUUCUUCCUUUUCCGGCGUCUCUCCCAUCUCUCCGGCGGCUCCCACUCGGCUGACUCUCCGGCGACUCCUCACUCCGGCGACUCCAGGGUGCCCUGCCGGAAGCGGGGCGGCAUCAGGUUCACGAUCAACGGCUUCCGAUACUUCAACCUGGUGCUGAUCUCCAACGUGGCGGGCGCGGGGGACAUCGUGAGGGUGAGCGUCAAGGGCUCGCGCACGGGAUGGAUGAGCAUGAGCCGCAACUGGGGCCAGAACUGGCAGUCCAACGCCGUCCUCGUCGGCCAGUUCCUAUCGUUCUGGGUCACCGGCAGAGACCGCCGCACCUCCACCUCCUGGAACAUCGUCCCCGCUGGCUGGCAGUUUGGCCAGACCUUCACCGGCAAGAACUUCAGGGUUUGACUCUGGCGUUGACCGGGGGCUCAUUUUAUCAAGAUUUUUAUUUAAGGGAGACAACAUUAGGGUUCGAGACUGAUGGUUUUCUGAUUAUUGUAAGGCGAGUGAGGUAUAGAAAUGUAGCUGAAGCGGCCGCACGAACGCAUUGUAGCCCGCAGCUUAUGAUAGUGAUAUAGGGUGUGAUAUAUUUAUACUUUUGAUAUGGGUGUGUACGUCUCGAUGACCCUAUUAUAAAUUACAAUCAUAUGAUUUGAGAAA